AUGAAAGACACGAACGCUAGAAUUAUGCGGUGGUAUCUCGCCCUCCAGCCUUACGACUUCCAGGUGCUCCACCGCCCGGAUCCUCCAAAUGUUGACAAGGCUCUUCUGGAAAAGCUGAUGAAGGAGCCUGUGAUAGUCAAGGCAAGGCAGAAUGCCAUGGUCAAAAUCCCAUUCGAGGGCCGGAAGCCAGUCAGAGCAACAUGGUUAAGGGACGGGAAUGAGCUCCUGAAUGAUGCCAGGAUCCAUAUCGACAAGGCGGACAACUUCACCCGGCUUUCCAUCUCCAGCACCAACAGGAAGGACUGUGGGGAUUACAAAGUGAAGUUGAAGAGUGACAGUGGAACCCUGGAGGCCAGCCUAAAGCUGGAGGUGAUAGAUAAGCCACAGAAACCCAUCGAACCCAUAGAGGUGGUGGAUAGUUCCACAACUGGCAUAACCAUUCAAUGGAAGCCCCCAAAGGAUGAUGGGGGCACACCAGUGCAGAACUACAUCAUAGAGAGGCAGCAGGUGGGCAGAAAAACCUGGGUAACAUUGGGAGAAACCAGCAGGAACAACAGCACUUUCACGACCAACAAAGCGGGGCAAGACAAAAGCUAUCGCUUCAGGGUGCGAGCAGUGAACGCUGAGGGAAAGAGCAAGGCGCUGGAAUCAGAUGAAGUGAUGGCUGCAACCAAAGCUUUCCUUGGCCCCCCUGCUCCUCCUCAGUUUGUCAGUGCCAACAAAGAGUCCAUAACACUCUCCUGGGCAGCACCUCCCAAAACGGGCAAUUCCAGAAUCCUGGGGUAUAUCCUUGAGAAACGCAAGAAAGGCAGCAACAUCUGGACACCUAUCACUGACCUGCCAAUAACAGACAGGAAGUGGAUGGUGACAGAUCUGAAGGAGGGACUGCAGUAUGAAUUCCGCGUGGCUGCUGUCAAUGCCGCAGGGGCGGGCGAGGCCAGUGCACCAUCAGAUGCUGUCUUUGCUCGAGAUCCCAUGAAGCCUCCUGGUAGAGUGAGGGACCUUAAGGUGACCAAUACUGACUACACCAGCAUCACUAUGGCUUGGAUGAAACCUGAUUCAAAGGAAGGGGGGUCUGCCAAGGGCUACAAGGUGGAGAAGCGAUCCUCUGACAGCCUCAAGUGGACCCAUUGUAACACUGUCCCCCUAGGCUUGACAACCUGUACAGUUAAAGGUCUGCAAGCCAGAGAGAUGUACUUCCUCCGCGUGAGGGCCAUCAAUGAGGGAGGCCUAGGGGAAGCCGUAGCACUGGACACUUGCAUCCAGGCCGCGCCUCCCAUUGUUAGUCCCAAGUUCCUAAGAGAUGACACUAUGAAAAACUUUAUGAUUAUAAAAGCGGGAAGUUGUAUCCGAGUGCACAUGCCCUUUGAAGCAUCCCCAACUCCAGAGGUGAUUUGGCUAAAGGAUGGGCUUCCUCUACCCAACAGGGCCAUAGUGAGCACCAGAGAUGGCCUCAGCCAACUCUUGAUUCCAUCAGCUGAGUUUUCUGACAGUGGGCUCUAUACCAUCAUACUUAAAACGAUUGAGGGGGAAAAAGAAUCCUUCAGCUUCCACGUGCAAGUCGCAGAUAUCCCACAGUCCCCCGGCCCUAUUCUUCUGCAAGAGAAAGUCCUUAAUACGGUGACAGUGAUCUGGGAGCCCUUGCCGACAGAGAAGUGGGAAAGUAACCUGUACUAUGUGGUCAUGAAAUGUGACUCCAACAAGGGCUCAUGGCAAGUGGUGGGUGACCUGAUCUACACCAACAAGUUUACCAUCACCAAACUUAUCCCUGGCCGGGGGUAUUACUUUAGAGUUGUGGCCAAAAAUUACAUGGGAACCAGUGAUCCAUCUGAAACUGCACAGCCCUGGAUCAUGCAAAAGGAAAAGGAUGAGUUUAAAGUCAGACUACCCAAAUACAGGAGGGUGAAUCAAAAUAUGCCCCCAAGAUUCCUCGUCCAAUUGAAGCCCCACGUGGUGACCACAGCAUAUGAUUGUCACAUGAGCUGUGCAGUGAGUGGCUACCCAAAACCUAAGAUCACCUGGUACAAGGAUGGCAGGAAUCUCUCAGAAGACCCCACCUUCUUCAGCACAAAUGACUUUGGUGUCUGCUGCCUGGUGAUCCCAGGUGUCACGAAGAGAGAUGAAGGAGAGUACAAGGUGGAAGCCACCAAUGAAUUGGGCCAUGCGGUCAGCAAAGCCAUGCUUAUCAUAAAAGACUGA